AGCGCCCCCACCCCACCCGGGUCUCCUUUCUUCUCUUCCUCCCUCCCAUCCCAUUGUCCCAGUCCCAGUCGGCCAGUCCCCUCCCCUCUCUAUCACACACACUCCCCCCGCCCUCCUCGCGAGUAUUUAUUUUAGUCUUACUCUAUUCGAGUCCUACCAGUAGCGGGCGAGCGAGAGGGGGUGGUGGUGGUGGAGCGGACGGAGCCGCCGCUUGCUGCGAGAUCUAGGUGAACGCGGCCAUGGGUGCUCGCUGCUCCAAGCUCUCCGUCUGCUGGUGGCCUCCCCACUUCAAAUCGCCGAUGCUUGAGAAUGGCGCCGCCGACGAUGACGGCAGCGGCGUGCCGGUGUUCGCCGAGUACAGCCUCGACGAGCUCCGGGCGGCCACCGACGGCUUCGCGCCGGACCGCAUCGUGUCGGAGCACGGCGAGAAGGCGCCCAACGUCGUCUACCGGGGCACACUCUUCAGCUCCGGCCGCACCGUCGCCAUCAAGCGCUUCGGUCGCUCCGCCUGGCCUGACUCCCGCCAGUUCCUGGAGGAGGCGAGGGCAGUUGGGCAGCUGCGCAGUGGCCGGCUGGCCAACCUGAUUGGUUGCUGCUGCGAGAGCGGGGAGCGGCUGCUUGUUGCCGAGUUCAUGCCGCAUGAGACCUUGGCAAAGCAUCUCUUCCACUGGGAAACGAACCCCCUGAGCUGGGCAAUGAGGAUGAGGGCUGCGCUUUAUGUGGCACAGGCAUUAGAAUACUGCAGUAGCAAAGGGAGAGCACUCUACCAUGACCUGCAUGCAUACAGGGUCGUUUUUGAUGUGGAUGGUAACCCAAGACUAUCAUGUUUUGGUCUGAUGAAGAACAGCAGGGAUGGAAAGAGUUACAGUACUAAUUUGGCGUUCACACCUCCUGAAUACCUGAAGACAGGUAGAGUUAGUCCAGAGAGUGUGGUUUACAGUUUUGGCACCAUCUUGCUUGAUCUCCUGAGUGGAAAGCACAUUCCACCAAGUCAUGCCCUUGAUCUUAUAAAGGGAAAGAACUUCCUGGUGCUCAUGGAUUCUUGCUUGGAAAGUCAUGUAUCCAACUCUGAUGGAACUGACUUGAUGCGAUUAGCAUCCCGCUGCUUGCAGUAUGAAGCACGAGACCGGCCAAAUCUGAAAGCAGUGGUGUCUGGUCUUGCAAGUCUCCAUAAAGACGCUUCUAUUCCUUCGCACACUUUGCUGGGCAUCCAACAGGAUAAAAGAAGCUCAGACAAAGUCCGGUUAUCUGGUAUUGGAAAAGCUUUUGCCAGAGCAGACCUGAACGAGGUUCAUGAGAUAUUGCUGGAUGAUGGCUAUAAUGAGGACGACAUGGCAAAUGCUGAGGUAUCUCUCCAGUCAUGGACCGGCGAAUUGUCUGAGAGCUUCGUCGUCAAGAGGCAUGCAGACAAUGCCUUCAAGUCCAAGGAUUUUGCAACUGCCGUCGAGUGUUACUCAAGGUUCCUUGACUCAGGUGCAGCGGUGGCUCCAACAAUGCUGGCGCGACGAUGCUUCGCAUAUGUAGUGGCUGGCAAGUUGCAGGAAGGCCUAGAGGAUGCAAAGAGGGCUGAGGACAUUGCACCUGGGUGGCCAAUGGGACACUAUCUGCAGGCGUUGGCACUCCAUAGCCUGGGAAGGGAGGCGGAAAGCAAUGAAGCACUAAAGAAAGGCACUGUGUUGGAAGCUGAAAGAAAUAGUAGAGCUACAACUGUAUAGCCGCCCUGAAUGUGUGAUGCUCUCUCUGCUUGUACUUAAUAUCGCCUGCAUUUUGGGUGCCCCCCUCCAAUGCUUUGCCGCCAGUAGGGCUGUUUUUGGUAUUCCCUAACAUGUAUCGGUGUUUCCAAUGGUUUUACAAGUCAAAAAAUCUCCUAGGUUGGCUGUUAUUACACCUCCGAUAUAUUCAUGAAUACGGAAAUGGGCAACUAGUAUCGUGAUAGCAUUCUGUUGAUGUGAGAUUGUAAAGUGACAAUUUUCAUUUUAUUUCAAAAAUUCAUGUAUAUACAAACUUUCAAAUUCUUAUCAGGUUUAAAACUUGAGAUA